AUGCUCGUCAACGUUCAACCCGGUCAGGACGGCCAAAUGGGUAAACAUUACGCGCGCCUGAGUUAUGGGAUUCCCAAUGAAGCGAUUGCUGAUGCUUUGAAACCAUACGACAAAUUCAUUCAGAUUAAAAUGGACUCCUUUCAUGGCGUUUAUGUUGGGGUCCGUCAGGUCUUAAUGGAACUGUCUAAACCCAUUCCUUCGCGGUUGACUAUUGCAGCUCAUUCCCACGUAAUUGUUUUUAUGUUGGUCAGGUUCAAACGUGCUUCUGGUGUCACCAGACAGGUCAUAUGACUAAAGAUUGCCCUAAUCACGCGCGUACUACAGGCAAUAUCAUCAAUGCAGAUGGUCCAUUGACGACAGUAAAUCGAGCGUCGACCAGUACAGUACCUGACGAACGCAUUGGUGCCCAUGGCACGGGUAAUCCGGUUAGGCAUACCACUGAUGAGAGCCACACGGGUUUUCCGCAAUUAACAGAUGGUCCUCAUCCUUCCAUUACAGCUAUUGAUUGAUUGAUUGAUUGAUAAAAAUGUUCGUAACAUCAAUGAAGGUGGUGUCACAUCUACGUUACCCCCGUCCUCUGCAGCAGUUUUUUCUCCCGUGGUUCAGCCAUCUUCUUGUAAAGAUUCUGACAACUCGGAUGAUGAAGAUGAGUUUGUUGAUGUCCUAGAGGAACUGCCAUUACCAGAAGGUGAAGGUGGCCAGCAGCCAGUUUCUAUAGUUCUUGGGAAUCGCACUAGGGAACCUGAUGACUCGGAUGUUUUCGAUAUCCCGGAAAAGCGAGUCGAUCGAAAUCCGUCUUCGGAUAGGAGUGUAGUUGAGCAUGAUUUUGUCCCCUUCUUCUCUGCCUCUCCCUCCUAGUCGUUUGGCUCGUUUUUCCUCCCCCAAUCCGUUUUCAUCUCUUAGUGACGAAGUUGAUCCCAUAUCCAUGGAUCAUGAUGCAAAUGGUGUUGCAAUUCCAUUUGAAAGAACUACAUCUGUGCAGAGGAAUGUUCGUACCCGCAAAUCGCAAAGGCCUUCUAAAGUGGAUGAUUCUUCACCUCUUUCCUCCGCUCCUCCUGCGGAUGACUCUGUGUCUAUUGCUUCCGAGAUACGCCCUCCAUCGACCUUGGUACGCCCUCCAUCGAAGCUUAUGAAGAGGGAGAUGAGGAGGAUGGUGGUAAUGAUAAUAUGGAAACGUCUAUGGCCAAAGAUAACGAAUACCCUAACAUACCCGAAAAUGGAUCAGAAUUUAGCACGGCUCAGGAAAAUGAUACUCGGACUACUCCCUCAACUCAAAUUCCACCGAACCUUUCCAGGAAGGAAAAUCUUGAUUCGGAAUCUCCAUCUCCGAUUGAUCUCAUAACCUUUGCGGUUCCGGUAACGAAAAGGAUUGGUGAUCCUUCUUUUUAAUGUCAGAAUUGAUUUCACCUUGUGUCCUCGUUUUGACCUUUAUAACAAUCGGCAUGAGCAAGUUAACAUUUAUCACACUAAAUUGUCGGUUUCUGCGCACAGCUGAUCACAGAGCAACGUUGUUUCACUGGGAAAAUUGCGCUAAAACUGAUUUUGUGUGCCUACAGGAGACUCAUUCAAUUUCCGAAGAAGAGUUUUCAUCUUGGUUGGAUCAUGCCACCUCGUCCGGCUGUAAUAAGUUUGGUUACAAAUGCAUUUCUUCUCCGGGAACCAUUCUUAGUUGUGGGGUUGCCAUUUUAUACAAUCCUAGUUAUGAUGUUGUCAGUUGCUCUCGUGACCAAGAUGGCCGGAUUUUGUGCGCAGAAUUUUCCAAGGAUGGUAAUUUGAUCCAGUUGGUGAACAUAUAUGCUCCAAAUACCGCAAAGCCUGCAUCUACUUUCUUUGAAUCAUUAUAUCAAUGCUUGAUCCCGACACCCCGACGGUGUUGUGUGACGAUUUCAAUACUGUGGUGGAUCCGAUCAAAGACCGUUUUGGUUGUAACUCUCAAUCACCCUCGGCGUAUAAUUGGUCAGUGACUUUGCAUCACUUAAUGUCCACGUAUGAUUUGCACGAUGCAUGGCGUACAAUUCAUCCAAAUGCUCAGGAGUACUCUUGGCAUCGCCCCACGGCCGUCAAGUCUUGCGAAUAUACAUGUUUUGGCUUUCUGCCUUGCUCUUGUCCUGUGUCAAGCGUAUCGAUAUCCUUCCCUUUUUCCGCUCCGACCAUUCCACUGUAUAUUUGGAGCUUUGUCUUCCAUCCGCCACCCAUCGUGGACAUGGUGUUUGGAAGUUGAAUACUCGGCAACUUUCAGAUGAGUCCUUCGUUAAACUGGUAUCGGACUUUUGGUCAUCUUCGAAGUGUAUAAAUCUUCUUUCUUGUCGCUUACUGCGUGGUGGGAUGCAGGCAAGGCGCGACUGAAACAAUAUAUCCGUGAAUUUUCUAAGAAGAAAGCUGUCAGCCGUCGAAAGCUCAUUACAUCGUUAGAGCAUACCUUAUUUCAUUUGAACAGACGUCUGCUUAAUGGCGACGAGAUGCUUCCAAUCAUUGAAGAUGUUAAACGUGAACUGGAGGCUGCUCAUCGAGAUGAAGCGAGAGGAGCCCGUAUUCGCGCAAACGUUCAAUGGGCAGAAGAGGGAGAAGCCUCUACCAAGUACUUUUUCGGUUUAGAACGUAAACGUGGUCAAAGCAGGAUCUUCACUUCAGUUAAAAACAUGGCUGGCACGGUGGUUUCUGCCUUUGUGGGUAUCGCUCGGGCGUGGAUGGGCUUUUAUGGUUUACUAUUUACAUCGCAGAGCCUAGAUCGAAUUGAACAAGGCUCCUUCUUGAAUUCCUUGUCAUUGAAACUGUCCAGAGCUGAACAAAGUUUGUGUGAAGGGGAUGAAGAGCACUGGAUGCCAUGGCUACUG